CCCCACCUGAUAGCAGAAUGACUUUUCUCUUUGGUAACCUGUCCUUUCCAUCUCGCCCCAUCCGCCGUUGACGACAUGUCUCAAAGGUUCUCGCUGUCCGAAUUGAUUCGCUGAUCGGAAUACGUCGAUCCGUCGAACAUUAUUUUGCUAAUCAGAGAAGGAAAAGAAAGAAAGGAAAUUUGACGGAGAAAAAGGAAUGAGGUCUUCGACGGAGAGAAGAAUAAACAUAGCGGCGAGUGCGCAAAGACUCGAUGUUGAUGAUCGGAUCUCUUUCCGGUAUUACUACCGGAUCGCCGACAAUAUUCUCAAACAGGCUGAUAUCUUUCGAGCUGAGAAGAAUAUUAUUGACCUAUACAUCAUGCUUCUAAGGUUUUCAAGUUUGGUUUCUGAAACAAUACCAUGCCAUCGAGAUUAUAGAGCAUCUUUGCAGAGUCAAAAGGUCUACUUGAAAAAGAAACUACUGAAUGCCUUGAGUGAGCUAGAGGAGUUGAAGCCAGCAGUGCAACAAAAGAUCAGUGAAUUAAACAGAAAAUAUACAUAUCAAAGUAAUUCAUUACAGCAAUCUUCUGUGAAAAACCAAAGUUUGACAUACUAUGGAGCGACAAAGGCAGUUAGACCAGCUGCACGAGAAUUUGGUUAUUAUGGUUCAAGAACUCAGCAAUUUACAUAUGCCAAACCAAUGGAAGAGCAAUUCAGCAGAAUAUCAUUAAACCUUCUGCGUCCAAAGGAGGAAACCCUCUCCAAACAUUCUAUUUUGGGUCCAAAUGGGCUUUAUGGGCAGUGGCAGCCACCUAAGAGUGAUAUAGGGGUGCAAUAUCCUAGCAACAUUGACCUUGCUCCUGUUGAAAUCCCAAGGUUGCAGCAGCCUGUAGAGAAUGAACUUCCAGGGAAGAAUGAUCAUAGCAACUCAGAACCUGAAGUACCAAACACAGAAUUAACUCUUGCUGUUGGUGAUAGUCAGAAGUGUCAUGUGGAUGAACCUUGUUCGAUGAUUUCUUUUGAUGAAUCAGAAACCACCCCUGUUCAUAUAAAUGUUACCAGACAACCGUCUCCUCCACCUGUACUUGCAGAAGUGCAGGAUUUGGUUCAUGCUAUAACUCCUCAGGUCACUGAGACAGAUUGUAGGAUAGAGAAUCCCUCGGCAGAUGGUAUUGUUCAUUCUGAAUCUCCUCUACAGUUGCACAUUGCAACCACAAUGAUGGAAAGCUUCAUGAAGCUGGCUAAAUCUAAUACUGAUAGGAAUUUAGAAACUUGUGGUGUCCUUGCAGGUUCGCUUAAAAACAGAAAGUUCUAUGUUACAGCUCUUAUUAUCCCGAAGCAGGAAUCAACAUCUGACUCGUGUCAAACGACAAAUGAGGAGGAAAUAUUUGAAGUACAGGAUAAGAAAUCUCUCUUCCCCUUGGGGUGGAUUCAUACACAUCCUACGCAGUCGUGCUUUAUGUCAUCAAUUGAUCUUCACACUCACUACUCAUACCAGAUUAUGUUGCCAGAAUCUGUUGCAAUAGUAAUGGCGCCAAGGGAUACUGCGAGAAAACAUGGCAUCUUUCGUUUGACAACUCCAGGUGGCAUGUCGGUCAUCAGACAUUGCCAGCAACGUGGAUUUCAUCCGCACGAACAACCUCCUGAUGGGGGCCCCAUCUACAGUUCCUGUACAGAUGUGUAUAUGAAUCCCAAUCUGAAGUUUGAUGUCAUCGAUCUUCGAUGAUCACAAAUGCUGAGCAUCUUGAUGGACAUGGUUUUGCUAACGCGCUGGUUGAUUUACCAUGUGCAUAUUGUUGAUUAGAGUUGCAGGAAGUGUAAAAAAAGUGGCUGUUUGUAUAAAAGGAAAAGGGACUGUUGGGGAACAUACUAUAAUACUAUUUCCUAUUUCCAUCUUUAGGAAUUACUGAAUUAGAAAAUCUGCAUAUGGAGAUGGAAAAAAUUCAAGAGGCUUGCUUUUGGUUCUAUUCUUUAUGUAUUAAACAAGAGAGCUUCUGAUUCAUUUCUAGUUGAACUGGAUCCCUAAUUGUUCCCUUGCA